AAUGGCGUGUAUCAAUCAAAUACUUCCACUGAUGUUAAUGGGCAUCUGCAGCACCAAGCUAGAUGCCGAACAAAACACAUCCACGUAUCUGUCAGCCAUCAUUGAAAAAACUACUAGCAAACCUUCCAUAAAUUUUGUCACUAAAUCAAUAACACCUAUAAUGUUCCCUGGGACAAAAUGGUGCGGAACACGUCACACAGCAGUUUCCUAUAGAGACUUGGGCAGUUCUGCACAACUGGAUUUUUGUUGUCGAGAACACGACACCUGUUUAGACGUCAUUAAUCCGGGAAGAUCUGACCAUGGUUUAGUAAAUCCAGGAUUCUUCAGGGCAUCCAGCUGUGACUGCGACAAACAGUUUUACAACUGUUUGGGGAAAGUUGACACUGUUAUGGCCCGCACUGUUGGGUAUAUUUAUUUUUCGGUACUUCGACUUCAGUGCUUCAGGAAGGAGUACCCAAUCGUUAAAUGCAAGAAUUUCGAACCAGGGUUAUAUCUGUUCAGGGCGAAAAGAUGCGUGGAGUAUGUUUUCGAUAAAACUAAGGAGAAAAGGUUUCAGUGGUUUGAUAGCCCGUUUUAUGACUACAACGAUUCUCCCUGA